AUGAAAUCCAGUUAAUCUAACAGCAUAGAAGAAGAAUCCGCUAAUUGGAAUCUGUCUAGUCCAUAAGGGCCAUAGAUUUCAUUAAGAAAUACUUUUGCAAAUAAUCAGCCAGAUUCAUCAGUAGGCUCAAUUGAAUCUGAGAUAGUUAAUAAAGAAAAAUCAGAAUUAAAAAAACAACAGCAAAUUAUUCGACUUAAUUCUGAAGCUAAACCAACUAUGAAAAGAACACUUCUAAAUACUAAUCCUUUGCAAAAAUUGCAUCAAAUAGCUGCAAAAAAUAGAUUAGUUAAAUAAUUCAAAUAAAAUCUCUUCAUGAAUUCAUAUAUACUUUCAAAAGAUUAUCAGUAACAAUUGAUUUUAAUUUUUAGAGACAAAAUUUUAUAAUUUGAAUAGCUUUCCUUAAAUAAUAAUUUAGAUUCUCUAAUUCAGAAAACUCAAAGUUCACUCUUACCAGUUUUUGAAGCUUAUAGUAACUUAAUGAAAAUAUGGGAUUUAGUGAUGAUUAUUUAGCAAUUAUUGCAAUUAUGGUUUCUACCUUUUAUAAUAAGUUUUUAUGGAUCUGCUUAAAAUAUUGAUAUAAUCAGAGAAUUUUUGAUUUUUAUGAUUUUACUUGACAUCAUUGUCUCAAUGAAUAGAGAAAUAUUUUAUAAGGGUAGUUAUAUAGGAAAUAGGUAAUAAAUAUUCAAAUAGUAUACAAAAAAUGGAUUAAUUGGAGAUGCUAUUUAAUUAAUCACAUGGAUUUGUAUCUUAAUUUUUUAUUAAAAUAUAAAUAAUAAAGCCUACUUAAUUUUAUUGGGUAUUUUUAUGGUAAUUUGCUGUAUUAAAUCUCUAAUGAGAAAAACUGAAUAUUAUAUUGAUAGUUAUUAAAAUAAAGGAAAUCUUAGUAAUUUCUUAGAUUUGUUUAUAUUAAUACUAUAGAUUUAUUUUGUUGCUCAUUAUAUGGCGUGUAUUUGGCAUUAUGUGGGAGAGUUAGGCAUUUAAGAUGAAAAGACAACUUGGAUAAGUGAAUAUGGGUUUCUGAAUGAAUCAAACACAACUAAAUAUAAUUAUUCCUUUUAUUGGGCUACCAUGACAAUGGCUACAGUUGGAUAUGGAGAUAUAACAGGAAGAAAUAAUUAUGAAAUACUAACAUCUAAUAUUAUGAUGAUUUUUUCAAGUUGCAUCUUUGCCUAUUCUAUGAAUUCAAUAGGAAAUAUUUUAAAAAGCAUAAAUGAUUCUAAGUUAAAUUACAGGUAUCUUUAACCAAUAAUAAUUUAGGAGGAUGAUAUCAGCAAUUAAUAAUUACAUGCAAAAAAAUUAAGUUGAUCAAUAAGUUUAAGGAAAAGUAAGAAAUUAUAUUAAAUACUUAAACCAAAGAGAAUAAGAUUCUUCUGAUGAUUUUGAAAGUUCGAUCUCAUACUUACCUAAAGGAUUAUAAGCAGAGAUGAAAUAAGAUAUUGCUCAAAAAAUAAUUCAAAAAAUAAAGAUUUUAUAAUAAAAUUUUUCUCAUACCACUUUAAAUUUAUUAGUUCAACAUUUGAAAAUUUAAAAUUAUGCUCCUGGCGAAUAUAUUUAUCAUUAAAAUGAAUAAUAAUACUGUUUUUGUUAUAUUAAUUAAGGGGAAGUGGGAAUUGAAGAAGAAUAAUCUCAAACUCAAAUUUAAGUACUUAAAUAAAAUAGUAGUUUUAAUGAAUAUUCAUUCUUCACAGAGUAAGUAACAAAGAGUAAUGCUUUGAGUAUUGGUUUUACAUAAAUUGUCAAAAUAAAUAGAAACGCUUUUCUAUCUAUCUUGAAAGAUAAUUAAAAAGACCUAGAAUAAUUUUAUAAUAUUAAGGAUACCAUGUUGUUAUAUAAAGAUUAUUCUUUACUUUAAAAAAAAUGCUAUUAUUGUGGAUACACGAAACAUGAAACAAUAGAUUGUCCAUUAUUAACUUAUUAACCAAAUAAGAGGAAUACAAUUCGGAAAUAUCAUAAUUCUUCUUAAUUAUAAUCUAGAAAAUAUAUUUAAAGACAUUAUCAUUAUAUACCAUCUAGAAAAUAAUAUUAAGAAAUUAAAAAUACUAUUUCGUAUGCUAGAGAAUACUAUUUCUCAGAUGUAUUGAUGUAUGAUUCUUUACAAUUUAAUAAACUUUAAAUAAAAGAAGAAAUUCCUCUAGAAACUAACUUAAUUGAAAUGUUAUCACCUGGAGGGCCAGGAAAAGAUGAAUCAGAUUUAACUCCAUAAAUUAUUUCUAAAUCAAGACUUCCAAGUAUUUCAGCUGAUCCAAAUAAUUUAAGAAGAAUUAGCAAAUUUUAAAUACCUCAAAAUAUAAAUCCAGAAGAUAAAAGGCAAUCAAAAACAUAACUUGACUAUUUUCAAAUUAAUUUCUCUGAAAUAGAAAUUGAUAGUUUUUAGAAUUAUGAAAAGUAUAUGAUUUAGAACAAUUUAAUAAACAUCUUAAAAUAUUUCUAAAAAUUCAAAAGAAGAACCAAAAUUGUAUCUAGAAAAUAAAAAUUUUAAGAGUCAAAUAACAAUGAAGCUUGA